ACCAGUAGAGGGCGAAAACAUUGUAUACCCGUCGGCAUUCCCUGAGGACAUUUGUUAUUUUUUUUAACUCUCAUUAGUUAAACCUUGUGCAAAAUUAGUUAUCAGUUGCUACACGGCAGACUUUCUUUAUUUAAAAGCAUUCAACUAACUUGAUCGUAUCUAUUCUCUACAAUGGUUAGUGUCUUAGAAAUUGUUACAUUGUUAUGUAAUCAACCAUUUCAGUAUUACCUACUGUGAUCAUUCCAAUUAAUUUCUCUUCUCUACAGGUAUUAUUAAAUGAACCUUGCGCGUGAUAAAAAUCCGAAUUAAAUAAGUGACUAAUAAAAUUGCCAAAAUGCAAAAAUCCUUAAUUUCUCCAACUCUGGAGGAAGAAUUAUCUGAUCAAGAAAUGGAGGAAAUGAUGGCCAAAUUAAUUGAAGGCCAACAUGUCUUAGUGAACUUGGGAAAUAUCCCAGACGAAACCCCACCAUGGCUGGACAUGGAGAAAUACGAAGCUGGCAAGCAAUUUGUCAAAAAAUAUUACGGCGGAAUUUUCUUCGCCCAUCUCGUGUCGCUGAUUAUGAUGCUCUACUCACCGCAAGUGCUGAAACCGCUCAUUUAUACCAAACGGUCGGAAACGCCCUGGAAAUCUUAUCGGCGCUACAUCAGCACGACGGUGCACGUGAUGAGCUGGUACACGGGCGAUAUAUGGCGGGCAGAUAGCCAGGCCCGUAAAAGUCUACAAAUGGUCCGCCAACAUCACACGGAUGCGGCAAUCCGACUCAAUUCGACCGAGAUCCGUCCUUUAGUCGAUAAGGUGGAAAUCACCCAAUGCGGCCGACCACUUGACAAAGGCCGCCCCAUCCUUGCCACCUUACAGCGGGAGUUACGCAAUAUCCCGGACUGCCCGUUUUUUCCUCUGCUGAACGACAAUUACAUGAAUUUUUAUGCGACGCCUACCGAGCGAGUCCCAUACUUAAAUCAACUGGACAUGAAUGGAACUCAAUUCGCUUUCAUGGGACUGAUCCUUUUACAUCCGGAGAAAUUCGGCAUUGCCCGCGCCACAGACAAAGAGCUGGAAGGAUUCGUUCACAUGUGGCGCUGCAUCGGCUGGAUUCUGGGAAUCGACGAUCGUUUCAACUUUUGCCGGCUGGACAAUUUGACGCAAGCCCGCCGCUGGGCCGGCUAUUUUGAAUCGAAAUUAAUUUUACCUUCGUUGAAAAUUUCUCUGACCGCCGAGUACGAACAUAUGGGCCGGGCUGUGGCCGAAGGUGCACGCCGCUACACGGGGAUUUCCUACGAAACGUUUUAUCUAUUCAUCGCCUGGGUGGUGGGUUUGCCCAGGGGGAAACUUAAGAAACGGGUUUCCCCUCCCGAUUACCAAAGUUUCGAAAGACUAACCGGCAUCUUUGGUUUCCUGGGAAAUCUACCAUUUGGCAACCACUUAAUCAACGGUGUGCAUUACCUCACCGUCAAACUUAUCAUCGAUCCACCGCGUUUCUGGCCUCAGAGAUUCCGCCCACCCAGAAUCACGGGCUUGGAAGAAUUCUGGCGCAAUAGUUAAUUUCUAGUCAAUUAAUGUGUGUAUUUAUUUUCAGUCGAUUUCCAAAAAUAAACCAGUUUUUGUGCGUCAUAA